AUGUAAUUUGAAUCACCCAGAUUCAAUGUUGACUUGGAUUAAGAACUGUAGGCGGAAUAAAACGAAGACUUCGAGUAAUAAUAUUUGGGUUUCUGUUUGCGAUCAACUAGAAGAGAGACGUCAAUCAACUAUCCUCAUCUCUACAGUUAAACGUAGAGUGUGAAAAGUAUCGAAGGAUUCGAUUAAUACAAUGUGAAGAAGCUUGAGAAUGUGGCUCUAAAGAAAGUUCAGAAAAGUCCCCCUGAGACGAGCAGGAGUCCCAUUCAUGUUCCUUCCUACAAAUAGCAUUCUACAGGAUCAAGCAUGAUGGCUUUCUUUUUACUCAAAAGGUUUUUGGAGAAGCUCCAAAUCAAACGGAGAAUGCUGGAAACCCUGAAUUACACCCAUCUAAGCCUAAUAGGAGACAAAGCCGCUGAUAAUAAUGUAGUGCUUCAAUAUUCGAAAUCAAUAUAACGAGCUGGGUUCACACUCUAGGCUAUGAAAAAACUAUUCGAAAUGGAGUCCCAAAUUGAGGAGACUAAAUUGGAAAACCUGAAGCAACACUACGAGAAUAUUAAAAAACAGAUAAUUAAAAUUUGUUAAACCAUCAUCAAUCUAAUUCCCUUAAUAUAGCCGGAAUCCCUUUUCAAAGUGUAUUGGGAUUUAUUUGCAGUUGUCUUCAGGAUUAUUUUAGUUAUCUUAAUACCCUUAGAAGUAGGAUUCCACACUCAGAUCUUGUUCCAAGACAGUACACCCUUAACUGUAAUAAUUUGUAUAGUACUAAUAAUGGACUUUUUUAUUAGGAUCAACACACAACAAUAUCUGAAUGGCUAAGCUAUUAGAGAUCGAUGGAAACUAAUAAUGAUUCAAGUUAAAAAGUCUAUGUUCAUCGACUUCCUCACUAUAACCAUCUUAGUGAUCUUUCUAUCAUUGAUACCUCAAAAUCCAAAAUACAAUUUGUUUACCUUAGUAACUCUCACCUAAUAUUCCUAUGUGUAUGAAAUACUCUCCAAAAGUGAAUAAUACUCCUACUUCACAAGACCUCAAAGAGGUAUCCUGGGAUUGCUAAAGUUUAUGGCUACUCUUUUUUAUAUUUUGCAUCUGUUCGGUUGUUUUUGGUUUUGGAUUUCAAGUUUGCAAAUAGAAGACUCUUGGAUUGACUUUAAAGACUUAACAAACAAGCCCUGGCAGGUUCAAUAUCUGGAAGCCUUGUAUUUUGCAAUUGUGACCAUGUUGACCAUAGGCUAUGGAGAUAAUGUGCCUAAGAAUUCAACUGAAAAGAUAGUGACGAUUAUCUUCAUUUUGGGUGCCUGUUUGUGGUUUUCUUACAGUAUAAAUUUUAUCGGUGGAAUCAUGAAUGACAUUACAUAGAAUCAGGUUGAAAGGAAUUAGAAGAUGAGAGUCAUCAAUAAAUAUAUGAACAAGAGAAAUAUCCCAUUCGCUUUGCAACAUCAAAUCAAAGAGUACCUGACAUAUCGAUGGAAGGAAGACGAUGAAGUAGAUCUGGAGAUAGAACAAACAUUAUUAGAUCAAUUAUCUGAUGAAUUAAAGGAAGAAUUAGACAGGCAGGCUCACAAAGUUUUCAUUGAGAAGUCUAUCUUACUGCAGAAGUUUUUUAGUGAAGAGUUUAGAAAUGCUUUAUUUAAAAGUAUAAAGAGAAAAAUUAUCCCUCCUGAAAAUACCUUCUAUAUCGAUUUCAAUGGACAACACCAUCUAUGCUUUAUAGAAUAGGGACAUCUGCUCUAUUAACAUAAGGAUGAGAAAUAGAGGUCCAAAAUGAACACUAUAAUUGGUCUAGGUGAAUUCUUAUGCGUCAAGGAAUUCAUAGUUGAAGAUCCUGAUAUGGAAUUAUUCAAAGCUGUUGGGUAUGUGAGUUUGUUAGUACUAUCCAAAUAAGAUUUCCUAACCAUUCUUAAAGAUUACCCAGAUGAUUUCUAAAAGUAUUGCUAAUUAAAAGACUCUAUAGUGAUGAAUUUUGAUUAAACAAUUCUAUAAAAAAGUGUCUACUGUCCUGCAUGUCAGUAGUUUGAACACACUUUAACUAAAUGUCCAUACAUUUAACAUAAACCGAAUUUCGAAGUUACUAUUAAAAGGCAUCAACAUUCUAAAACUUAGUAGAGAACUAGAUUUUAAAGAAAGAGAAAGAAAAAUGUGUAUCUUGCUUUAUCUGAAAAAGAUUUAGUGGCAGAAUUUGCUAAAGUGUACUCCAGUGAUAAUCAACAAUCGAUAAAUUAGUAACUCAAAAUAACCUAUUAUUACGAAUAAGACUAGAUUGAUUGUAAUAUUAUUGAUCCUUCAGCCUCAGUGGACAUAUUUCGAGUUUCUUCUUUACUCCCUUAAUAUUCCACUGAAGCUCUAAAUAAAUAGAACGAUUUAUUAAGUAGUGUUAGAAUGGAACCAAAAUCAAUUAAAGAACCUGAAAUUGAUAUCAAAGGAGAAUUGAGACAACAAUUAAAUCAAGGAAGAUUGAUCAGAAAAACGACCAUGUUCCCCUCUAAUAAUACUAAAUAAAUUAAAAAGAGUCCAACUAAUACGUUCACUAUUAAAUAGGUUCAAGAUGAAGAUUGGGAUGACUCCUUAUAAAUACUCACAUUUUAAAAUUCACAUAAUGACAACAUUGUUCAUGUUUACAAUAAAUUAAUUAAACAAGAUCUAGAAGAUCCUAUUAUCAAAAAGGCGAUUACUUAAAUAGAACCAUUAUUUUGGAAAUUGAAUCAAAAAAUGAUUGAUGAUUUUGAAGUCAUACAGAAUUACGAUUUUUUUUAUUCAUAAUUUAAUGCUGAAAAAACUAUAGAUUUAGCCAACAAAAAUAUCCAUCAUUGGCAGAAGGAGACAAUUGAAAAAAUGUAAAAGUUUAUGCUUUUUCCAUUUAAUUAUAUCUUGAAAUACUUGAAAUUGAGAAGAAACAGAAUGAAUCAAGCAAUCAUUGAAAAAGGAAAUAAAUUUAAAAGAGUUAAAAAUAAAUUGAGAAUGAUGCAGCUACGAAGUAAUCUAUAAUAGAAAAAGAUUUCUACCACAUCCAACAAAGUAAUUAGAUUUGGAUAGGUAUUGCCUUCUAAAGUACAGUCUCGAGACUCAAUAAUCAUUUGA